AUGCCCGUGUUCCUGACGAAGAAGGAGAGGAAGAAGCUCCGCCGCCAGAGCCGGCGCGAGGCCUGGAAGGAGGAGCAGGAGAAGGUCCGCCUCGGCCUGGAGGCCCCGCCGGAACCGAAGCUUAGGAUAUCGAACCUGAUGCGCGCUCUCGGCACUGAGGCCGUGCAGGACCCGACCGCGAUAGAGGCCAAGGUCCGCGAGCAGAUCGCCAAGCGGCAGAAGACCCACCUGGAGGCGAACAAAGCCAGGGCCCUGACCAAGGAGCAGAAGAGGGAGAAGAUCGACCGGAAGAUCAGGGAGGACACUUCGAUGGGUGUCCACGUGGCGGUAUACAGGGUCCAGGACCUGUUCGAGUGCGCGUCCGCCAAGUUCAAGGUGGAGGUGAACGCGAAGCAGCUGCACAUGACCGGCUGCGUGCUUCUGCAUAGAGGCUGCUGCCUGGUGGUGGUCGAGGGGGGGCCCAAGCAGCACGAGAAGUACAAGAGGCUGAUGCUGCACCGCAUCAAGUGGGAGGAGGACACGGUGAAGGAUGCAGAGGGCGCGGAGGUGCCCAACAGCUGCCGGCUCGUGUGGGAGGGCGUCACUAAGCAGCGAGCCUUCGGCGAGAUCAAGUUCAAGGUGAUGCCAACAGAGAAACAGGCGAGGGAGCACUUCCAGAAGCACGGGGUAGAGCACUACUGGGAUCUGGCUUACAGCGGGGCAGUCCUGGGGAGCGCCGCGGACCAGCCC